CCCGUGCGGGUCAAAGGGGGUCAGUGGGUCUGUCAUCUUUGUGACAAGAGUUGUUUUGCAAGUUUUACUCGUAAACGCUUCAUGUGAAGCCUCCUGUUGCCAUGAAAGUCUUGACGCUGAGUUACGUGUGGUCCCACAUGAGGUGGCUCAGGAUCCUCCUGUAUGCCGUCACCUUCCUGGCCACGCUGGUCCUGGCGUCCAAACGGGACUACGUCCUGCAGUCCUUCAGCGGUCACGUCGGCGCCGGGAACUACACGUACUACCAGAUGUACCGAGAGGGGGAGGUGAGCCUGCUGGUGGAGACACUGGAGGGGGACGCAGACAUCUACGUCUCCGCCUCCACCCUGUCUCCGGACUUCGACAACUACGACAUGAACUCGGUAACCUGCGGGGACGACCGCGUAGACAUCCCCGCCGACAUGAAGAGACCGAUUGGCAUCGGGAUCUACGGCCACCCCUCGCACGACGCGGCCAGGUACCGCUUCACCGUGCUGGUGGACUACUUUUCAGGGAGCGAGUCGUUCGUACAUGGAAACCACAGAGAAGAGGGGGAUGAGGACAUAGAUGAGGAGUCCAUAUUGUGGACCAUAUUUGUCAGCAUCUUGAAGAUAUUGCUGGAUAUCUUGGUGUAGGGCAUCAUGUGGCAAUAAGAAUAUGAGGCUGGUGUAUUUUGAUAAAAGGCAGUACUAGAUGAACAACACAGAUACAUAACUUAGGCCCUGUUGCACGUACUAGUAGCCGAAUAUGGCCU